GAGGCAAAGAAGAAGAAGGACUUCCCUCAAAUCCCGGAAAGGCUAAAGUUAGCUUGCAGCUAGGUUAGCAUUAACUCCUUUUUUGUUAUUGUACCUUGUACUCUCACUGCGGCGAUGGAUGAGGACUGAAUAGACUCUUCUGUUCACCGUCUCGCUGCUGGUCUGACGGAGGGGCAUCAGUCAUGUAUGCCUCGGGGAAGUACAGCUCUCGGGGCCCUGCUCUAAUCCCGCGAAUGAAAACCAAACAUCGCAUCUACUACAUCGCCCUCUUCUCCGUUGUGCUGCUCGGACUGAUUGCCACCGGGAUGUUCCAGUUUUGGCCUCAUUCUAUUGAGUCCUCAGCCGAAUGGACACUUGAAAAGGGGAGCGUGCAUGACGCUCCUCUUAUCCGACUUCCUGCAUCCAGCCCCAUACCUGAGAGGGGGGACCUAAGCUGUCGGAUGCAUACAUGUUUUGAUGUAUAUAGAUGUGGCUACAAUCCGAAGAACAAAAUCAAGGUCUACAUCUAUGCUCUUCAGAGGUUUGUGGAUGAAUUUGGAGUUCCCAUCAGCAGCACUGGACUGUCACGAGAAUACAACGACCUGCUCAGUGCAAUCUCAGACAGUGACUUUUACACGGAUGAUGUUACCAGAGCCUGCCUGUUCAUUCCAUCUAUUGAUGUGCUCAAUCAGAACUCCCUUCGUAUCAGAGAGACUGCCCAGGCCCUGGCAAUGCUACCCAGAUGGGACAAAGGGAUGAAUCAUUUGCUUUUCAACAUGUUACCUGGAGGUCCACCUGACUACAACACAGCUCUGGAUGUCCCUCGAGACAGAGCCCUUUUGGCAGGAGGUGGUUUCUCCACAUGGACCUAUAGACAAGGUUAUGAUGUCAGCAUCCCGGUUUACAGUCCUCUUUCUGCAGAUGUUCAGCUGCCUGAACGACAGCCUGGGCCAAGGCGCUACUUCAUUCUGUCCUCUCAAACAGCAAUUCACAGAGAGUAUCGUGCUGAACUGGAGCGUUUGAAGGAAGAAAAUGGAGAAGCGCUGCUCCUGCUUGACAAGUGCAGCAACCUUUCUCAGGGAGCUGCCUCCGCACGGAAGCGUUGUUGCAAAGGGCAAGUGUAUGACUACCCACAGAUCCUGCAGGAGUCAUCUUUCUGUGUGGUUUUGCGAGGGGCACGCUUGGGUCAAGCUGCUCUCAGUGAUGUGCUGCAGGCUGGCUGUGUCCCUGUCAUCCUGGCCGACUCCUACAUUCUUCCAUUCUCUGAAGUGCUUGACUGGAAAAGAGCGUCUGUGGUUAUUCCAGAGGAAAAAUUGUCAGAGAUGUACACCAUCCUGAAGAGCAUUCCUCAUAGACAAGUCGAGGAAAUGCAGAGACAGGCCCGUUGGUUCUGGGAAGCCUACUUCAGCUCCAUGAAAGCUAUCGGCUUGACCACGCUCCAGAUCAUCAAUGACCGCAUUUACCCAUAUGCUGCACGUACUUAUGAGCAAUGGAACAAUCCACCUGUUGUGAAGUGGUCCAGCGUAAACAGCCCACUUUUCCUUCCACUUAUCCCACCGAGAGCUCCGGGGUUCACAGCCGUCGUGCUCACCUACGAUCGCAUCGAGAGUCUUUUCCGGGUCAUCACGGAGAUUUCCAAGGUGCCGAGUUUGGCUAAAUUGUUGAUAGUUUGGAAUAAUCAGAACAAGAGUCCUCCUGAAGAGUCUCUUUGGCCAAAGGUCGGCGUUCCUCUGAAAGUGGUGCGAACCAAGGAAAACAAACUGAGCAACCGCUUCUUCCCAUACGACGAGAUCGAAACAGAAGCCGUGCUGGCGAUUGAUGAUGACAUCAUCAUGCUAACAUCUGAUGAAUUGCAGUUUGGCUACGAGGUGUGGAGGGAGUUCCCCGACAGGCUGGUGGGCUACCCGGGCCGGCUGCACCUCUGGGACCACGAAAUGGGGAAGUGGAAGUACGAGUCGGAGUGGACCAACGAGGUUUCCAUGGUUCUGACCGGCGCUGCCUUUUACCACAAGUACUUCAAUUAUUUGUACACAUACAAGAUGCCCGGAGACAUUAAGAACUGGGUGGACGCUCACAUGAACUGUGAAGAUAUUGCAAUGAACUUCCUCGUGGCAAACAUCACAGGCAAAGCCCCGAUAAAGGUGACCCCAAGGAAAAAGUUCAAGUGUCCUGAAUGUACUGCCAUCGACGGCCUGUCUCUGGAUCAGACACACAUGGUGGAGAGGUCCGAGUGCAUCAACAAGUUUGCUUCGGUUUUCGGGACGAUGCCUCUGAAGGUGGUGGAGCACCGUGCAGACCCAGUGCUCUACAAAGACGACUUCCCAGAGAAACUCAAGAGCUUUCCGAACAUCGGCAGCCUGUGACCCAGCUGCAGCAAACCCACGGACAUCUCAGAGUCUCAGCACGGCGAGAGAGUCAUCGUCAGCUACGUCCUUCAAGUCAAGAUGCCAGUUCGAACCACAAAAUCCACUUUCCCCAUCUCAUUUUGAGUGACUUUCAGUUACUUGUUGGAACAUUCAUUUGCAGUACAGAACAAUCCCAAAUGCUCACGUGCGUAAACACAUUGUUAGCUUGGAAAGUAUUAGAUAAGAGCACGGCGUCAAACGUAUUAGCAACGCUGACGUUGCAUGAAGCGCCGCUGAGGGUUCGGUGAUCGGAGUCGGGUUAACUUGGUCUCACUGUUACUGUUUUGGAGCCGAACACUUGAGCCUCCAGCUGCUCUGGAUUCAGCUUGCGUGUUGUAUCUGCUUAUAUUUCGCAGCGGUGCUGUAUGAUAUAACUUAUAAUGCUUUUAACAAACAUUUUCUCAUAUUUUUUCCUAUUUGAUUUCCCAAAAUCAGACGCACGCUUUAUGUUCAGCUGUAAAGCAAGAAAAGAAAAAGAAAAAAAAACAUACAAGUGAUAAAUGAAGCAGACAUAUCGAUGUAGGCUUUAUUCACAGUGUGAUGGAUUGUGAUGACACACAGAUGUUGAACAGUAAAGGUUUCAUAAUGUGUUCUCUAUUACACAAUCAUGUCAGACCAUUAGACAAAGCAGGUGUCAUAAAUCUAAUAUUUAGAGUGAUCACUGCUGGUUUUGGGGAAAAUAUCUGAGCUACUGAUUUUUUUUUUGUAAAUGUACUUUUAUACUGUCAGAGCAAACAUUUCAUUCUAUGUAUAUAUCUGUCUGAAUAUAGAUAUCUAUAAGAAGAUUUUGCGUGAAUUAUGCACCAAAUCCUUUCAGUUAUGUCUGAUCACUUCAUCUGCAUAUCACUAAUCAUCUGCCUUACAUUCAACCAAUUAUUAGUAAUAAUUAAGGGACAAUUCUGAGAUUAUUUCCAUGAAGUAAUUUUUUCCAUUGUUCUUAUGUUGAUGUUUUGUUGUUAGUCAUUUCAUGUCAGUAUUUAGACCGUAACGCUGAGUAUGUUGCAGUCUUUAAAAUGUAUCAUCGCCUUCUGGUGUUUUUAUUUUCCCGUUGUUUUCACAAUGCCAUGGAAUUUCAUGUGACUUUAUGUAUGACUUUAUAAUACACUACAAGUAAAGACCAA